CUGGAGGUCCUUUAGCUGUUCUAUGGGGCGGGCUGGGCCCCGAGGCGGGCGCUGCCGUGGGGCUGUGCUCGUUCCUUGGGGCCGCAUUCGCUGCCGCAGCCGCAGCUUUGGGGGCGGCCGAGCUGCUGACGGUGUACGUUCUCCCCCCGUCGGCCAUGUUGCCGCUGUCCCGGCUGAACAGCGGCCGCAGUUACGGCUCCGCCAUGUUGGUUCUAUUGGGGCUGGGGGCGGCCGCCCCACACGGGCCCCACGUGGCCUCAUUGGGCCCCAUUGGGGUGGGGCUGACGCUGCUGGCGCUGCAGGGCGGGGCCAUCAGAGCCGCCAUGACGGGAACCAGGAACGGGCUGUGUCUGCCCCCCCCCAGCUCCCCCCUGGCCCCACUGCAGCCCUGCCCGCCCCAUAGCGACAACAGCAGCAGCUCCACUGCCCCACAACUGGCUGUUCCAGGGCCCAGCACCGACCUGCUGGCACGUGAGUGCUAUGGGGGGGCACCUCUGCCCCAUAACUGCCCCAUAACUGCCCCAUAACCGCCCUAUAACCACCCCAUAACUGCCCC